AUGUCAUUCUCACUUUCAAGGGAUAAAGGCAAGUUCGAAUGGGCAAGUGAUGAUUUAUGGGCAUUGUUUUGCCAGGCAUCGAACGUAUACAAACCCCGAGUGUAUCGUAUGAUGUGGGAUAUAUUGCGAUUCAACCUUUUCGCAGUCGACCUGUUAUCUGAAAAAGGUGAAUCAGAAACAUUGAGUAUUGGGGAGUAUCUAGAUAGAGAGGGAUAUAGUCAAGCUUUUAAAGAAGAUUACCUGUUGCCUCUCACCGCGGGGAUCUGGUCAAUCCCACCUGAAAAAGUAGCGUUAGAUUUCCCGGCAAUGGCAUUGAUAAGGUUCUUCCAUAAUCAUCAGAUGUUACAGUUGUAUGGUAAACCAGCUUGGCUGACUAUCAAAGGUGGAUCCAAAACAUAUGUUGAUUAUAUAAUAUCGAAGAUGGAUCCAUCGAAAUUGCAUUUGAACGUCGGUAUCGAUACUGUCCAACCUACCGAUCAGGGUGUAUGGGUAACUACGGAGCAAGGGAAAAGAGAGUUAUUUGAUAAAGUCAUAUUGGCUACACAUACAGACCAGGCUGUUCGAUUGUUAGGUCAGAAUAUCUCGGAAGAGGAGAAGAUGUUGUUGGGAGAUUGUCAGUGGAGUGCUAAUGAGGCUGUUGUGCAUUAUGAUGAAGCGCUGAUGCCAACAAGGAGAAGAGCUUGGACAGCUUGGAAUUACCUUACCUCGACGGCAUAUGUACAUCCAUCCCACGAGGCCAAAACGUCCGCAUCGGAUGUCAAUUCAAUAUCCAUUACGUUCAACUUGAACAUCCUUCAAUCUCUUCCUAUCUCAAAACACGGUAUAGCACUCGUCACUCUCAAUCCACCUGUCCAACCUGACCCAUCUAAAACCAUCGCUCGAUACGUCUAUCAUCAUCCUGAACUUACACCAUCUCUCAUCAACGCUCAAAGGAAGUUGGACAGCAUACAGGGAAAAAGAGGGGUGUAUUUUAGUGGGGCAUGGACGGGUUACGGGUUUCAUGAAGAUGGGUGGAGGAGCGGGAUGGAAAUCACCCAAAGGCCUGAAUUCAACACACAAACCAAAGAAGAGAUUUUGUAUGUUGAUGGAAGAGAAGUGAAGUUUGGUAUGAUAGAGAAAACUUUGAGGGUAGUGGUGGGAAUGAUUGACUGGAGUGUUAAAGGGUUGAUGGGGUGGAUGAUUUGGAUGAUAUGCGUUUGGAUAUCAAUCGUAAGGAGAUUAUCGGGUAGAAAUACAACUAACAACCCUGCUCAUAACGGAAGGAAGAAAUUAGAUUAG